AUGAUACGUCAACUAGGUUAUUGGUCGAGGAAAGCGUAUCUCAUUUAUCCCUUUCAAGUUCUUGUGGGCGCAAUAAUAUCAAUACUAGUAUCUUCAGAGACACUGGGUCAUCAAAAAAAAACAUACGCCCUAUUGAAAUCUUCCAAUCUUUUCAAUAUACUCUUUGCAUACAAAGCGAAUCAAUUAUGGCCAUUUUUAUUCUUUAGUUUGGCUUUUCUGCAAAUAUACUUUCACUAUUUAGCAAGAAUGGAUGUACUGCCUUUACCGAUAUCAAGUUCUGAAACUGGUCCCACAUAUUCCUCCUAUAUUAACCGUUGGCCUCUCCUCAAAGAUAGAGUGAUUGGUAUAAUGUUUGCCCAAUAUGCUUGCAAAUUCAUUUUGAAGAGUCUGCUGCUAUACGUAUGUUUUCAAUUUAUUGAUCAUGUUUUCAUUUGGACCGGAGGAGAAUGCAGUUCUGGUAGUGGAACAACAUCAGCUGAAAAGUGUCGCUUAGAGAACGGAAAGUGGCAGGGUGGGUUUGAUAUAAGUGGUCAUUUUUGCUUUCUUGUCAAUAUUAGUAUGAUACUUUGGAUGGAACUACACUUGUUCAGUAAAUUUGUUCAAGCUGAAGAUAUGUUUUGGGUUGCGAAUAAAUGGGUACGGGCUUGCCUUGCUGUUAUAAGUUCCAUACUAGUAAUCUGGAUAUGUAUUCUCUGGGUUACCGCUAUUUAUUAUCAUACUGUUUUGGAAAAAAUUUUGGGCUGCUUUAUGGGGUAUAUAUGCCCGAUUUUCAUAUACCACGUUUUACCAAAAAUUGGAUUAUUACAUGAUUACAUAUAUAUAUGA